AUGGAGGACGGCGAGCAGAGUGCCAAGAAAGCGAGGCUACACAUCCAAGUCAAGGAAGAGGCAAAUGGAGGAGGAGGUGCGGUCGUGGCGUCGGAGUGCAAGGGCGGGCACAUCGGUUACUUCAGCUGCAUCGCCGCCGCCGGUGAGGAGUGCCACAACUGCGAGCACGGCGGCUGCUUCGACGUCCGCAACACGGCCAUGGACGCCGUCGUCUCGUCGGCCAGGACGCGGUGCCACCACGUGGGCUGCCAGAGGCAAAUCGCCUACCACGAGCUGAGCGACCACCGGAGCGCGUGCCCGCACGCGCCCUGCAUCUGCACGGAGCCGGGCUGCGGUUUCGCCGGCUCGCCGCCGGCUCUCGUCGCGCAUCUCACCGCCCAGCACUCCUGGCCCUCGGAGACGGUCCAGUACGGCAGGGCGAACCGGUUCCAGGUGCCGGCGUCGGAGCCGCGGCGCCGGCUCCUCGGGGAGGCGGAGGACGACCCAGCGUGCAUCUUCGUCCUGGGCGCGCUCGGCGAGGCCACGGCCUUGUCGGUGGUGUGCAUCCGGGCGGCGGCGCCCUGGCGACCGCAGUACACGUGCAAGAUGUGGGCGACCAUGCCGACACCGGCGGCACCGGACAGCAGAGCAGAUAUCGCCCAGGUGGAAAUGAAGGUGGAGAGCAGCACGUCGCCCGCCGUGGUCGCCGUGGACGAGGCGUCCUUCUUGACGGUGCCGCCAAGGUAUCUGCUUGGGGAUGGGGCAUCCAAGACGGUGCCUCUCAGCAUCGAAUUGAUAAGAUCUCCUCCUGUUCGUAGUAAUCUACGAGUAAUUAUGUUCAGUUGAGGUGGGUGAAAUGACACAUGUUUU